AUGUCUAACCCAAAUAUAGAAGAAACAAUCCUUAAAUACGAGAAUUUCAUCAACGACGUUCUCAAAGAAGACCUGCGAAACCUAGAAUUGCGACUUCAGCAAGUUAACGCUGAAAUUGCCGACUUAAUUCAACAGAAACAUACACUAAAGGUGAUCACAGAUAAAGAAAUACAUCCAAAUGGCUUCAAAACUCAAGUGAAUCUUGGCUGUAACUUUUUCAUGGAAGCGUCUGUGGUUGAUACAUCAAAAAUGUUGAUGAAUAUUGGGCUUAAUCAUCAUUUAGAGUUUACUGUAGAUGAAGCUAAUAAGUACUUGGAUGUGAGAAUAAAGGCGUUUGAGAGUAAGGCUAAGGAAUUGCAAAUGAAAGCUGCAGAGACAAAAGCCCAUAUAAAGUUGAUGUUGUUUGGUAUCGGGGAACUACAGGAUAAAGCGAUUAAAAGCAGUUGA